UGUUUGCUUUGGCAAGAAGACCUGAGCUGCUUGGGGUUUACUGCGGUAUUUGGUGAAAAACAGUAAAAACUGCAGCAGCUCUUGUCAGCAUUACAUGGAGUGUUUACCACGUUUUUAGGCUUUUCAGUUAAAUUUGGGUAACUCAUGCCACUGCUUGUUUUACCUCAAACAGUGUGUGUGCGUGUGUGUGUGUGUCCCCCCCCAAAGACACACUAACAUUUCCUCCUCUUCCACUUGAUCUCACAACCUUCUGCUCUCAUGAGCAGCUCUUCAGUCCUGGCUGAGGGCACAAUGACGGAGUACAAGCUGGUGGUGGUGGGGGCGGGCGGCGUGGGCAAGAGCGCGCUCACCAUCCAGCUCAUCCAGAACCACUUUGUGGACGAGUACGACCCGACGAUCGAGGACUCGUACAGGAAGCAGGUGGUGAUUGACGGCGAAACGUGCCUACUGGACAUCCUGGACACGGCCGGACAGGAGGAGUACAGCGCCAUGCGGGAUCAGUACAUGAGGACAGGGGAAGGAUUCCUGUGUGUGUUUGCCAUCAACAACAGCAAGUCUUUUGCUGAUGUUCACCUGUACAGGGAACAGAUAAAACGGGUCAAAGACUCAGACGACGUUCCCAUGGUGCUGGUGGGCAACAAGUGUGACCUGGCACGCACCGUGGACACGAAGCAGGCGCAGGAGCUGGCCCGCAGUUACGGCAUUCAGUUUGUGGAGACCUCUGCCAAGACUAGACAGGGUGUGGAGGACGCCUUCUACACACUGGUGCGUGAGAUCCGCCACUACCGCAUGAAGAAGCUCAACAGCGGAGAGGACCGGAACCAGGGCUGCCUGGGACUCUCCUGUGCAGUCAUGUGAUAUGCUAAGGGUGGUGUCUCCUGUGUGCCCCCCCUCCCUCCAGCUGGUGUGGCUCACUGCUCCUGGACCCACUCUGUGUGCGGCAGGCCUGCGGGAGAGGGAGUGCUCCUGGUGAAGGACAAGAGGCAUCAGUGGUCGCCCUACAGACAAGAAAACACAUUUUUGUUUUGUAACCCCCCCCCUUUUUUUUUUUUCAUACAACCAAAUGUUCUUUUACAGACUUUUCCCCGCACUUGUCUGCCCCGGGCCCAGUUUCGAGGACAAAGUCAAGGAUGCACCAAAGGAACUUGCCAUCCUCGCGGUCGCUGGGAGGUCCUUGUCGGAUACCCUGCGUGCAUCCUACUUCAUAGUCAGCAGCAAUGCCCCUCCCCCACGUCCCACCUGCCUGUCCCGCGACAGACACAGAAGACCAUAGAUCACUUCCCCGCCCCUACCAGCCUCACUUUCUGUGGGAUGGAAGUUGUGGCCACAGCUGAAAAGCUGAACACAGAAUGCUGCUGCGUCACAUUUUGAAAACGUUUGACUUUUAAACUUCAUUAUAUGGACAAAGUGUGAUACAGAAAUUGAAGAGCAUCGUUUGGAUGCCAUCAGCACAGGCAUUACUUUUGGUCCUGGGUAAAGCGCUAUGCUUUAUUUUACGGUCAGUACUUCCCUCUACCUUAACCCUCAGUGAAAAUACUGGCCACGGGGAAGUGCAGAGCAGCUCGGUGUGUUUCUUAGAAGCGUGUGUGACAUUUUUAAAUGUUCAUUUGAAAAGUGCACAUUAUAUAAGACGUUUGCCACAUAUGAAUGAAAGGGCCAAGUUCUAGGGAGAGACUAAAAAGACUGUUGCACACAUUAGUGUCUUUAAGGUGGACAGCACACGACACAGCAGUACUGUCCCAAACCGAGAUUCUGCACUCCUGCCAAGUGUGUGUGUCUGUGUGUGAGAGUGAGUGAACGAGCGAACGAACGUCUGUGUGUCAGGAGUGUUGUGAACAUGUGGGAAUGUAGAGAUGAUGUGAAUCUCCAGAAGGAGAGACAAAUACCUUCACUGUUCAGUGCCUGUAUUUCAACUGCAUUGACAUUUUCUAGUCCACAGUCCAACUUCCAGUCCAGUGGGUGGCAAAUAAUUCCAAGAUGCAAAGGAGCACUUUCACACUAAUGGGCUGAGAGACUUGACCAAGCUGGACUGCCAAGCUGUGAUUGUGCACAAAGGGAAAUGCUUUCAUUUGACUUCUCUCUGCAGUCAGCUGAUUCUUCUCAAAGUGAUGCUUUUUGCUCUUGUCUGCAUUCCACUCAGUGGGAUUUCCUGUGAGAGUUUCUCCUGCUCUUCUCAAAGAAUUUCCCUGAACUGUAAGGAUCCCAGUUUUUGCCAGUGAUUUCUGCUUCAUUCCCAAAAUGUCUUCAAUGCAUUGUCUACUGAAACUGUUUUUGAAUCUACUGAAGAAUUGCUCUAUAGUCACAUGGGUUCUAUUAAGGGCUUCAGGUGUGCUCUUUUCUUCGGAGGCUUUCCUAAUCUCUCUCGGUGGUCUUUCCUGCCUUUAAAGAAGAUCAACUAGAUUUUG